AUGAACCCAGCAGGACUUGUUCUCGGGGCCGCGUCCCUCGCCACUCUUUUCAAAACUUGCUUGGAUUUGUAUGAUGCUAUCGAAUCCGGUAGAAAUCUCGGCACAGACUACAAGAUACUUGUCACGAAGGUUGGGGUUGAACGGGUUCGCUUGGCACUCUGGGGAAGCUUGGUGGGGCUUUAUGACUUGCCAAAAGAUGAAGACUCUCGGGGGGAUGGCGUCACCGAACAUUACGAUGUGCUAGAUUCCCGAUUUGACGAUCCGCGCGUUGCCAGUGCAGUUGCAGAUAUUCUGAAUUGCAUGCGGCGCCUCUUUGAAGAUAGUGGAUCCCUGGUGAGGAAAUACGGGCUACAAGAACUAGCUUCGGAUGAAGUUGCGGUUCUUACCAUUGAGAACCCAGUCAAAAUGACAUUUAAGAAGACCUAUGCCUGUCUACAGGCGUCGGCAUCGCGGAUUCAAAAGCAGACGCCACUGGUUGCAGCAGCACGAUGGGCGGUUAAAGACAAGAAGAAGUUUGGGCGCUUUGUUAACGAUUUGCGUGGCUUUAACGACAGCCUGACACUGCUUUUUCCGGACGUGGAGGAAAAUACACGUACAACCAUGAUAACUGAGAUCAAAGAGUCAACGGAUCUUGACAGUCUUCAGCUCGUCGAGAAUGCAGUUUCUGACCUGGCCGGGGGUGAGGAGCUUGUCGAGGCGGCGAGCACACGCAUUACGGAGAUAUCAAAAUAUUCAACAAGUGUGGCAGAGACAGAAGCGAUUGAUAUCACGGAUGACAGCAUCGCUGAUGUCAAUGUGGAACGUAUAAGCCGGCAGCUGCAGAAGAUGGUAGUUACCAUGAGCAAGCGAGUGGAGCUACGUGGAUCACUGCAUUUUCGGCUUUGGAAUCUUGGAAAUCAUGUCUUUCUUCGGUAUGAUUUCUUUGGAAUCCCUCGUGACGAUUCUGUCGCGGAGACACAAAAAGAGAUGGAAUAUGUCCUCCCUCCUCAUCAAGCAUGGUGUAGGUGA